AAAGUUUGGAACAUCGAACCAGUUAAGUUUGCUAUUGUGACUAAAAAUGGUGCGAAAUUUGAAGACUUAGACAUAGAAGGUUUGUUAGCAGUCAAAGAAAAUUUUGACAGAAGGUUCUCAAACCUUAAAGAAGGCAAAGCAUACAAACUUGUUAUACCUUAUGAACCAAAGAAAGCAGACGACUAUGAAUAUUAUGAGUCUAAGAUAGUUGAAGUUCAAGGUAAAUUGGGUAAAAAGAUUUUAGAGUCUAAGCCAGUGUUUGCUCCUAAAGAGGAAGAGAACAUUGACAUUGACCCAGAAAUGUUCUAA